CCAAUUCAUACUCGUCGCACUUUGAAUAUUUUAUUUAUAAUUCAAUCCGCCCCCCACCGGCCGCGCAAACCAGCUGCAUCUUUACAUCUUUUACUCCAUCUACAGCUUCGAACUCCACAGCUGCCGACAUUGUGGGCUCGAGGCGCAUUUGGACGUAGAAAAAAAUUGCCGUGGCGAAUGUCUUGUUGUUUUUCGGGUUGCUAGUGUCUUUCGAGUGGCGAUCGCACGUCUGGCGCGAGGAAACCCCAACAGGACGAGGACUCAAUGGCGAAGUAGCCGAGCCAGGAGCACAGGCGACACAGACAAGGCUAUAUCAAAGUCGAACAUCACAAAAUGAUAUCGCAGUUCUCAUCAUUACUUGAUCUCAAGUCACAACCAGCAAAAUAACAGCAUCUCUAUUGAAGUUUGACAAUUUUCAAGCCACUACGAUACAGUAAUAUUGACUUAACAAAUUAAUUUCUCUCUUGCGGAGAUAAAACCAUCUCACAACAACACGUAAGAUUAUGGAUGAUAAUGUAAGCAUAGAAUCAUCCGACUCCUUGACAACCAGCGGUGAAUACGAAAUUGUACCGGAAGGGCCACUUGAGAUGGAUAAAGUGUCGAAAUCACCAACUCUCAAUAUUGCCAACAAUGGUGAUUUGUUGGAUUUAAAAAAAGACUUGACGGAAGUCAUACAGGAACUUGAUGGACAGAAAGAGAAAAAUGCUCAAUCACGAGAUAAUAAAAAUCUUUCAAUACCAUCAACAUCUACAGCGCAACAAUCGAUUACCCUAUCUUCAUUUGAUGUCCCCGAUUGUAAAAUUCGUACCAAGCCACCUGCAAGCGACCUACUAUCGCCUAGUGAUGUUUCAACACCAGACGUAAACAAAGUUGGACAGUCAGUUUUCUACGAUUGCAUGGACAUGAGUCCAAUCAGCACCGAAAAACAAGAUGACAUGAAGCCCGAGAAGAGUGACACGGAUGAGGAAUUUCACCUGAUUUCAGUAUCGGAAAUUGAUCAAGGAUGUACAAUAUUUUCGGGUGUUACAUAUUUGGGAGCAUCAAAUAUCAACUCCCCGAAAUCCAGUACUGAAAUUCAACGGAACAUGGCAGAGCUAAAUAGUGGCUCAGCUUCAGCAGGACUGAAAGUUUCGGUUAGCAUACCCAGCAACUCAGAAGGAUGUGUCAUCCUCUAUGACGCCGAAACUAGCUCAAUAAUUGCAAGCUAUGAAAUUCAUCGAAUCCUCUACUGUGAACCUGGCCAAGCUGGUAGUAAGCAGGAAGCUUGCUUUGCAUUCACUUGGUCACAUGGAGAUACGCCUGAAUUUCGAGUUUAUCAGUGUCAUAUAUUCCGUUGCAAUAUACCUGAAGCGGUACAUCAAGUCAAUUCAUGUUUCGCCAAAGCAUUUCAUUGCUACCCUCUCAGCUUAACAGGAAGUAUCACAUCAGCCGUUGGAGAUAACAACAGUAUUAUGCUCGCUUCAAUUACAUCCGACAUUAGUGGAAAUCCUCUAUCGUCGGCUGGCUAUGAAUUCAUCGUUUCACUAGAAAUACGUGAAAAAGUAACGAAAACUUCAUAUUCAUCUGUACCACGUGAUCGCUCCUGUUUCAAACUCCGUUGCAACACAGACAAAGAAGUGUGCAUAACAGUCAAGCAGACACCAUCAACCGUACUUCAACCCUUGUACAUAGAAAGAUGUUUCGGCGUGUUACUGAGCCCCGGCAAACUUGUUCGCCAAGCUGACAUGCAACUAUUGGAAAUGAUAUCGAUGGGGUAUCAAAAAUCUGAAACUCAAACUCAAUGCUUGUGGCCAUAUCAAAUAACUGCCGAAUGGAAAGCCAGUGAAAAAGCUUUCGAACAAUUAAACUCUGAAUCUCAGAAAACUUACAUAACGGUGGCCGUAAAUUUAGUGAUAAAAGGAAUUCAAGAGCCAGUACGAUUCGUUAUCGAAUCACCAGUCACAAUACAGUCUCAAAGUGAAAUUCGAAUAAUGGAUCACUUCAUAUCGAAGCGAGCCAUGUCUCUCAGGUUCUAUCUCCAACUGAAGAAGACUGACGACGACAAUUGGGAAGUGAGUUCAAUUGAUCCUUCUGAGGAGAUCAUCGAACCUCCGACUCAGUUCCCACUGCUAAAGUCAAUAAACAAUUUAUCAAGAAUGGUUCGAUCGACCUCAACGGUGUCGAUUGAGGAAGAUUUCCCCACAGAAGACAGUUCAGACGGAGACGAGCCUCUACUCAGUGGAACUGGAGAAGUUUCGAAAGAUUGCUCGCAGGACACACUCGAUGAAUGGGAUCCCAUUGUAAAGGAAUGGGAUGGUGAGAAAAGACCGAAAAAUUUGCCAGCAUUGGUUCGUUUGGGCAUUCCAGAAGCUUUGCGUGGUAGAAUCUGGCAAAAGUUGGCGAAUGUAGAGAGCAAACCGGACAUUACAGAUCGGUACAGGACGCUUAUUACCAAAGAAACAAAGUGCGAGACUGUGAUUCAACGAGAUAUCCAUAGGACAUUCCCAGCUCAUAAGCGCUUCAAAGAGACCGGUGGAUCUGGUCAAGACGCACUUUUCAAAGUUUCAAAAGCAUACGCUGUUUACGACACAGAGGUUGGGUACUGUCAAGGGCUGAGUUUUAUAGCAGCUAGUCUCCUUAUUCACAUGCCCGAAGAAGACGCAUUUUGCGUACUAGUCUCUCUCAUGUAUGAUUACGGACUACGGGAUUUAUACAAACAAGGAUUCGAAUCACUUUACAUGCGACUAUACCAACUGGAUCGGCUCAUAAAGGAACAACUCCCUAAACUUCAUGAGCAUUUCGAACGAACUGGUGUCGAAACGCACAUGUUCGCCUCACAAUGGUUUCUCACACUUUUCACAGCUCGAUUUCCAUUAUAUUUUGUAUUCCACGUAUUAGACGUUUUCCUAUUGGACGGUGUGCCUAUACUCUUUCAAGUAGCGAUCACUUUGUUGUCGUACUGCGAAGCAGAUCUACGACAAUUAGAUUUUGAAGGGAUUUUGAAAUACUUCCGUGUGAGUCUACCCAAAAAAUGUCGAACGUCUAGUCAAUCGAGAAAAUUAAUGAAAAUGGCAUGUGAACGGAAGGUGAAGCGGUUGAAGCAGUACGAAGAGGAAUUUAUGAUUAAAAAGCAGAUUGAGGAGCGCCAAGAGCUUGAAGCUCGAAUGUACGAAGAGAAGUUCGGCGAGGAAAGGAAGAGGUUCCAGGCUGAAAUUGCGCAACUGCAACAAGUCAUUGAACAAGUGAAUACAAAAGCUUUGCAAGAAGAAAAGAAACACGCUGGAAUCGUUCAAGACUACAAGCAAAUCAUUCAGCGACAGGAGCAACAGACCGCUAAAUUGAAUGAGCUUUUAGAGAAUUUUACAAAAACCGUUGCCAAAUGCCAAAAGUGUUCAGCAUCAAUCGCCCAAUCAUCUCCAGAGCAUAAUAUACACAUUGACAGUAAGAAAGAUGAACAACCUCUUGGUCCUCUAGAUCCAUUACAUCUGGCAACUCAACGUAUACGUGAACUUGAAUUGGAGCUUGCACAAACGAAAUUGGCUCAAGUGGAGGCCGAAUGCAAAAAUCAAGAUCUCAAUCAUCAAUUGAAUACGACACUGGCCGAAUUGCAGAAUAAUCGUGGCAGUUGGCAACCGUGGAUCUCGAAAACGAUAAAUUCGAUUCAAGAGAAAGUAUCGACUCGUCGUGAUGUUCCGACAUUCCAAUCGUACACGAACAGUGCGAAUCAACAAGACCCCGGAAAUCAGGACAAACAACCAAAAUCCCUUCCACAUGGCUCACCGAAACUCCGUAACAAAGUACCGAAGUAUCGUCCACAAGCUCGCAAUAGUAUUGAUGUUAUACCCAAAACUGAUCACCCCCUGCUACGUGACACGCUAAGUUUGAAUAGCAUGAAAUAAUAUUAUGACUCCAGCGGUCUCCAUUACAUGCAGCUCUUUUAACUUAACACAUCACGCAAAGGGGAACCAUUGCUGUUGUUGAUUGCGUUACUCAAGAAGCGAAACCCACUUAUAUACUCGAUUGAAUUUUAUUAUUGACAAAUUGUCGACACGGAUUGCUUUCGACAAAUAUGUAGGCGUGCAUUAUACAGAAAAGGAUGCAAGAAGAGCUAAAGUAGUAGAAAUAGUUGAAUUUAUUUACAUGUCCUUAUGCGAAUGAAGUACUAACCUUCGUGAAUUAGACAUUUAUUUUCUUCCAUUCGUUUUAUAUGUUAUUAUAUUCUUAAAAUAUAUGAAUGUAUAUUUAUUUCGAUUAAAUAGUUUCUCUCGUGUUUCGCGCUGUUUGCCGAGUUCAGGUUUCAUUCAGUCGUUCGAAAAGUUGUCCUCGUUUGCAACUGAUUUGGUUUUGAACUUGAAAUUCAGGCAAACUAAGCAGUUUGUGAAAUUUACGAAAUAGUGCUGGAUUUGGCCACGUUAUAAAUAUGAACGUUCUGAAUUGUUGCGGCUUAUAUGACCGAAAAAAGGAUUGCUAUCAAAAUCUGUUAAUUCUUUUCUUUUUAAACGUUGCUUUACUUUGAUUAAUAUUCCCCAUUCAGUUUGUACGUUAAUCAAUAGAGUGAGAGGAAGAUCACAACUAAAUACGUCCAUCAGCUCUCUAGUACCAAGUAUUUGGAAAUAUAUAUAUCGUAAUGGAUAAUUUGAAUAUUUUUCUACGAAAUAACAUUACCGACAAAAAGUAUUAUUGUCUCCCUCGACAUCAAUCAAAACUUAAACCGUUGACUAAAAUCAUCUCACUCUGUUUUGCUUUCCACGAUAAAUACUGCACAUUUCGGAUAAAAGCAAUUAAUUCAAUUAAAUCAAACUCAGUGUUAGCGAAAUCAAUAAGUUACUAGGACCGUUUACAUACGACACUCACAUGUUUAAUAAAAAUCCACCGUGAAAAUGUGAACAUGAGAAAGGAAGAAAUUUUGUAUAAAACUAAACAAACAAAACAAUGACACUAUUUUUGCACUGCUUAACAUUUCGUUGGACUAAGUCACGAACUCUACCGAUCAUUUAUGUAUGUACUUUAUCAUUUUCUUCAACACAAAUAAGUUCAAUUGGAAUCUUCAAAUGUAUACACAAUAAGGAAGCAUUAUAAAUAACUGUAAAGCUUGAUGAAUAAAUCAUUUAGUUGGAGAAGCUUAAAA